AUGGUUUCCAAGCUCUUCGCCGUGGCCCUGGCCGCCUCUUCCCUCGUCUCCGCUCAGACCUUCACCGACUGCGACCCCACCAAGAAGUCCUGUGACCCCGACCCUGCCUUUGGCAAGACGGUCGACAUCGACUUCACCAAGUCCAACGGCGAGGACUACCUCUACACCCUCCCCGGCACCAAGGUCACCUACGACAAGGAGAAGGGCGCCGUCUUCUCCAUCCAGAAGGAGACCGAGGCUCCCACCAAGGCCUCGCACAAGUUCAUCUUCUUCGGCGAGCUCGAGUGCAACGUCCAGGCCGCCAACAUGCAGGGCAUUGUCACCUCGAUCGUCCUGCAGUCCAAGGACCUUGACGAGAUUGACUGGGAGUGGACCGGUGGCGACAACGCCAACGUCCAGACCAACUACUUCUCCAAGGGUGACACGACCACCUACGACCGUGGUGGCAAGCACGCCGUUGCCAACCCCCUCAACCAGUUCCACAAGUACGGCAUCGUCUGGAACCAGAACAAGAUUGACUGGAUCAUCGACGGCACUGUCGUCCGCACCCUGAACGCCGCCGACGUGGGCGACAAGUACCCCCAGACCCCCAUGCAGAUCAAGAUCGGAACCUGGCCUGCCGGCAACAAGAACACCCCCAAGGGCACCGUCGAGUGGGCCGGUGGCUACUCGGACUACGAGAAGGCUCCCUUCAUCGGCUACUACCAGAACUGCAAGAUUGUCGACUACGCCGGUGGCAACGACGCCUCCAGCGGCACCCCCAACGCCAAGGAGUACGUCUACGGCGACAAGUCUGGCAAGUGGCAGUCCAUCAAGAUCGUGACCGGUGACGGCAGUGACGACGAUGAGAAGGACGAGACCACCACCUCUGCUCCUGCCACCAAGACCACCGCCGCCCCCAAGACCAAGACGGAGGAGGCCAGCGAGACGGAGACGGAGACGGAGACCGACGACGACGACAAGACCACCAGCACCGCCGCCGCCUCCACCACCCUGAGCUCCGUUGUCGUUUCUUCCACUGGCGCCGCCGAGUCCACCGGCGCUUCUGCCACCACUUCUGGCGCCGACUCGGACUCUGCUGCCGCCUCCACCAGCGCCGGCGCCGCCUCGACGGUUCCCACCGCUGAGCCCGCCGGCGGCAUGAUGAACCGCGCCAACAUGGCCAUGGGCGCCAUUGGCCUCUUCUUCGCCUUCAUGCUGUAA